UUAUUCAUUGUGUUGACUGCUGCAGGAGUAAAAAAUUGCUUAUUAUAUAAUUUAUUCCAGAUUGCUAUUUUAAGAUUCAGUGAUCGGUUACCUCCUGUUACGGAAACAAGUCGCCAGAUUUUCGCUUGUCUAAAAUGGUACUCUCCGUUCCUACAAUUGACAUUUCUGCUUUAAGAGCAUCAAAUGACGUGUCUGAAAAAUCUAAAGUCAUCCAGCAAAUUGGAGAUGCUUGUGAACAAUGGGGAUUUUUCUAUGUGGUAAACCAUGGGGUCGAUCUUGAUUUGGUGGAAAAGGCGACCACGCUAGGCAAGUUAUUCUUCCACAUGCCAAAAGAAAUCAAGGACAAAGUCGCUAGAAGUGAGAACAACUUUCAAGGGUUUUCAGACAGUGAACUCACCAAACAAAAGGUUGACUGGAAACAGGUAUUCGAUUUUACUCCAGAAUUACCCGGUGGAUCCUUAGCUGAGUCAAGUAUGGGUGUUCAUGGAAGAAACCAAUGGCCAGAUAUCCCUGAAUUUCAGGACACAAUGGAAAAGUAUCUUAAAUCCAUGCAAAUCCUUGCGAAAUCACUGUUCUGUGCCGUACUGGAAACUUUGAAUGCAGGGAUGGAUUGCAAAAACUUUAUUGAGUCUUCAUGUUUUCCCGGAAACGAAGAAACGAGCGUGUGUCGGCUCAAUUUCUAUCCGAAAUGUCCGGACCCCGCCCUUCACCUGGGCGUUGGACCACAUUCUGACCCUGCAAUUUUAACCGUGCUUUUACAAGAUUCUGCAGUUUGUUCUCUUCAAGUACAAAGAGAUGGGAAAUUUUAUGACAUCCCGCCCGUUAAAGACUCAUUCGUGAUAAACAUUGGUGACAUGAUGCAAGCCUGGAGUAAUGGAAAGUAUAGGGGACCAGUUCACCAAGUUUUGGCGAAUCACGACAGCGAUCGGUUCUCCUUGCCGUACUUUCUGGCACCUGCCUACAGUUGCAUCGUGGAACCCUUGGGAGUAAAAGAGGAGGAGAAAAAGUAUAAAAAAAUUCACUGGGGACACUUCCGAAAAGCGAGAUACGAAGGGGACUUUGCCGACCGGGGGGAAGAAAUCCAGGUCUCACAUUUUGAAAUGUGAUUGUUAGAUAAUAAUAUGCAGAAUUGAAUUUUUAAAGGAGCUGUAUAUGUAUUCAUAAAAAUCAUGUAUUCAUGCACCCUAAUUUGUUUCUGAUUUAUUUGCUUGCUAUUGAAAUUUACUUACAUACGAUUGUAAAAUAAUAGCAAUUUACUUAAUAAGUACUUCAGUAUUUAAUUACAUAAAAAUUGAACUCGGGUGGAGUGGAUGGAGAAGAAAAUCAA